AUGUACUCGGUACCUGCGUGCUCGCCGCUCUCAGAUUUUUACUCGAUUGCGCCUCUGCUAGAGCACUGUCGCGAGGCGCCGUCAAUCGUCGAUGCACCAACUCCAAUCUUCCACCUCCACCACCAGCCCAGGCCUAGUCCUAGUCCACGGCUAGAGCCUUUUUCUGCUUUGCAAUCGACGGCGGUCAGCCAGCCAGCGCGUCGAAACAGCCCUGCUGUACUGUACACCACUGCCAAAAACGGGGGCGCCAGCCGCAGACGCCAGCAGCAGACGCCAGCAGCAGAAGAGAAGGCCUGGUUAGCUGCAACGGCCAAUGCCAUGGCCGCAUACUGUACGCCGAUGGGGGCGAUCCACCGCAAAGCAAGCAAGUCCCUGGCCGCUGAAAGGAGGCUCGAGCUGGGCAGAGCCAGAGAGAGAGCGAGCGAGCGAGCGAGGGAAGAGACAUCACCAGUUUGCCAAGGCCAUGAGACGAGAAACGAACGCCCGCGCAGUCCAGCUGAUUGGGAUUAUGGGCUGUCUCUGUUUUCUGCACUGCGCCCCAGCUCUUCGUAUCGCUCAGCAAACCGGGGGGGCAAUGACUGCUAUUUACAAGUACAUGGCAGUACGAAUAUCCAGCAUGCGGGCGAGAUUUUGUCUUCUUGCACUAAUAUGCAGCAGGUGGAUAGGCCGUCGCUCCCUGGCCAUGCCACUCUCCAUCUCCCAUCGACGUCGCCUUUGGCGCUAUGCCUCGUCCAAGCAAGCCUUCCGCCCGUUUCCCUACACGCUGUCUGCCCGUAUAUCGAGGUACCAGCAAUGGCAGGGGCCCAGUGGACUAGCCAGCCUAGAUCGCGAUCCAGUCCCUCUGCGGAAUACUGUGCGUCCAGACGCCGCACUGCCGCGCUGCGAGUCCCAGGCAUUGACGGCGGUGCAUACCGUAGCAAGUGCAGCGCUUCCAGAGUGUCGGACCCUGCCUUGCUUAGGUUUACCGUCUAGCAGGCGACUUCCGCUGUCAGAGACGGCGGCUGAGGCCAUGGGCGCCGGCGAGACGAGCUGCUGAGCUCCAUCAAACAACAUAUCAAAUCGACGCAAAUGCAACAGACGCUAUUUCAGCAGCGUCGCAGCCAGAUCGGCUCCGCCUUCACCCCU